AUGUGCUCCACUUGGAUGGAGCACACUCAGCCUUACAGAGGCUCCAAAGACGAACGGGGGGGAAAACGACACCGGAACACCCCGGCAAACUCCGGGCGGAGGCUCUGGACCAAUGGGAAGGUGGCCGUGUGGGACAGGAAAGACGAGCGGGACGGUCUCAGAAGCAGACUGCUGCAGCCAGAUUUAGAUGAAGAAGUGAUUCUCUGGCCAGCGGGAGUCAUGGCGGUCCAGACCGGCAUCCAGGUUUGGUUCGGCGAGAAGUUCGACGCGCCCCUGCUGAGCCCCCGGAGCCCCCGCAGCCCGUUGGCCCAGCGCCACGGCCCCGGCCUGGCCGACGUCUUCCAGUACGACCAGUGGCUGGCGGUGCGCCACGAGGCCACCCUGGUGCCCAUGCAGGAGGACCUGGCCAUCUGGCUCACCGGCAUGCUGGUCUUUUGA